GGGUGCAACGGAGCGUGUAUAGUUUUCUUUCGCUAUUGGCUGGCUUUAAUGGCCGCUCCUCCCUCGGACCACACAUCAUUGGCUUUGGGGGUUUCGCGAAGGAGCUGGGAAGUUGUAGUUCUUUACAGCAGACGCGCAUCUGUAGGGCUUAUUAUCGACUAAUAUGAAUUAAACUACACGUCCCGACGUCGUGCUACGGGUCCUUGUAAUUGUAGUGAAUAUGUAAUUGAGCUCGUACGACUGGUUGCUUCUAAAUUUGGCGUCGCAGAGGCAGGCUGCUGUAGUCGGAGAGGUGGUCGGUCGGCCGGUGCUGAAUGAGGAUGCAAACCUUUAACGGAGACUGUAGGAAAUAAACCAAUGAACGCGUGACAACGGGACGCUGUGGAGAAGCGUACUCGCAGACAAGUAGGGUCAUGGUGUGCGAGAUUUUAAUGUUUUCUGUGAGAAAUCUGAGAAAAUAGAGGAUUUGUUGUUAGUUCAGAAGGAGAACGUUAAGCGCUUAGAAUAAGGUGCUGAAGAUUUUGGAAAAGACUGGGACAAUUUUUGCCUUUACUAUUACGCUGAAUGGACUUUUGAAUUACUGUCUUGCUGUCUUUGGUCAGCCAAAGGUCCGAGGAUGUCUCCACUCUUCGCGGAACCUGCAUUUAGCCCGCAAACCAGCCACUGACUGACUUUUUACGCACGGAGAAAGCUCUGUUCUCACACACUUUGUUUUCGUGUUUUUCUGGAUGAACACUGCAAUACAUUUUCAAUGAUUCGAGAUCUGAGCAAGAUGUACCCCCCGGCGCGGCAUCCGGUCCCUCAUCAGCCGGGACAGCCGUUCAAGUUCACUGUCACCGAGUCCUGCGACCGGAUCAAGGAGGAGUUCCAGUUCCUGCAGGCGCAGUAUCACAGUCUGAAAUUGGAAUGUGAGAAACUGGCCAGUGAGAAAACUGAGAUGCAGAGGCACUAUGUCAUGUACUACGAAAUGUCAUACGGGCUGAACAUCGAGAUGCACAAGCAGGCGGAGAUCGUUAAACGGCUGAACGCAAUCUGCGCCCAAGUCAUCCCCUUCCUCUCCCAAGAGCAUCAGCAGCAGGUGGUGCAGGCAGUAGAGAGGGCCAAGCAGGUCACCAUGGCUGAACUCAACGCCAUCAUAGGACAGCAACUCCAGGCUCAGCACCUCUCUCAUGGCCAUGCCAUCCCUGUCCCGCUAACACCCCACCCAGCGGGCCUUCAGCCCCCUCUGCCUCCUGGGGCCAGUACUGCCAGCCUGCUGGCUCUGUCCUCUGCCCUGAGUCACCAGCUGCCACUCAAAGAUGAGAGGAAGCAUCACGAUAACAACAGCGAACACACACGAGACAGAGACUCAGUCAAGAGCUCAUCUGUCUCUCCAUCAGCCAAUUUUCGAACUGGAGAGAAGCAUCGAAGUUCAAGUGAUUAUUCCUCUGACAGCAAAAAGCAGAAGACAGAUGAUAAGGAGCUGACCUCCACACGCUAUGAAAGUGAUGGAGAAAAGAGCGAUGACAACUUGGUUGUGGACGUCUCCAACGAGGAUCCAGUGUCUCCCCGAGGAAGUCCUGCACACUCUCCUCGGGAGAAUGGGUUGGACAAAAGUCGCCUGUUGAAGAAAGACCCACCACUGAGUCCUUCCUCAAUUGCUUCCUCCAGCAGCACACCUUCCUCCAAGUCUAAAGAUAUUAAUUUGAAUGAGAAGUCAACAACUCCCGUGUCCAAGUCCAGCACUCCCACAUCCCGCUCUGAAGCCCCCACACCCAGCAGUGCCGCCACCACAGGCCUGAGGUCUGCACCCAGUAAAUCAUCAGGAGUUGAGGCACUGACUCCUGGUCUUCGCACACCCCUGGCAGUGCCCUGCUCGUACCCUGGCCCAUUCGGAAUGGUUCCUCACCCUGGUAUGAAUGGAGAGCUGAGUGGAACAGGAGCAGCCUACACUGGCUUGCAUAACAUUUCCCCACAGAUGAGUGCAGUGGCCGCGGCCGCCGUGGCAGCCUACGGACGCACACAAGUGGUAGGAUUUGAUCCUCACCACCACAUACGUGUUCCUGGACUUCCUCCUAACCUGUCGGGCAUUCCUGGUGGAAAACCAGCUUAUUCCUUUCAUGUGAGCGCUGACGGACAAAUGCAGCCUGUGCCUUUUCCUCCGGAUGCACUGAUCGGCCCUGGCAUCCCGCGCCAUGCUAGACAGAUCAAUACUCUCACCCACGGGGAGGUGGUUUGUGCCGUUACCAUCAGUAACCCUACACGUCACGUUUAUACCGGCGGCAAGGGCUGUGUCAAGGUGUGGGAUAUCAGUCACCCGGGCAACAAGACACCUGUUUCCCAGCUGGACUGCCUUAACAGAGAUAACUACAUUCGAUCCUGUCGGCUACUUCCUGAUGGACGAACUCUUAUCGUUGGGGGAGAAGCGAGUACUUUAUCAAUCUGGGAUUUGGCUACACCGACUCCUCGGAUCAAAGCGGAAUUAACUUCGUCUGCACCUGCAUGUUAUGCUCUGGCCAUCAGCCCGGAUUCCAAAGUCUGCUUUUCCUGCUGCUCCGAUGGAAACAUUGCCGUCUGGGAUCUUCACAACCAGACUCUGGUUAGGCAGUUCCAGGGCCACACAGAUGGAGCCAGCUGUAUAGACAUUUCUAAUGAUGGGACCAAGCUUUGGACCGGAGGUCUGGAUAACACUGUCCGGUCCUGGGACCUGAGAGAGGGACGCCAGCUGCAACAGCACGACUUCACCUCUCAGAUCUUCUCACUGGGAUACUGUCCAACGGGAGAGUGGCUGGCAGUUGGGAUGGAGAACAGUAAUGUGGAGGUGUUGCAUGUCACCAAACCUGACAAAUACCAGCUCCACCUGCAUGAAAGCUGUGUGCUGUCACUCAGAUUUGCGCACUGUGGGAAGUGGUUUGUAAGUACAGGAAAAGACAAUCUGCUAAAUGCAUGGAGAACCCCAUAUGGAGCCAGCAUAUUCCAGUCAAAAGAGUCAUCCUCUGUGCUGAGCUGUGACAUCUCCAUCGAUGAUAAGUACAUUGUGACGGGAUCAGGAGAUAAGAAGGCAACUGUCUAUGAGGUCAUCUACUGAGAGAGCUGUGCUUGUUAAACAACAAGGCCAUCCUUCCAUCCAACCGUGUGGUCUCCUUCAUCUGUGUACAUUUUUUAUGUGUAUAGGAUAAACUUAAAAGGAACAAACCAAACAUUUUCUUGGACCAUGACCUGCUGACCUUCUGGCUAGUCGAGGAUCAAAACCAACAAGCGGACCCAAGCACAGAUCUUUUUUUUUUUCUUUUAAGUGACUUUGUGUUAUUGUGAGGAUGAGUGAAUGCUGUUGGGCUGUUAACAUUCCUUUAUGUUACCUUUGACUUAAGCCUCUUAUAUCAUUUUUCUUUUUUCAGUGUGUAGACUGUAAAACAAGCGCUACUGUUCACAUACAUACUAAUCUGCCUGUGUACUUUAUACAUACAUAGAGGCUAAAAUGUAUGCAAACUAGGUGGCAGAUCAGAGCCGUAGUGCUUCUGGGCUACUCUGGAAUAUCAACAGCCAACCUGCACACAACUAAUGCUGAUGGUGUAAAUAAAGGGGCAACGCUAAUAAUAGCAACAAUUUGGUUACUUUUUGCCAUUUAUAUUGCCACGUGUUUUGAGUCUGCAGCUGAGCUUUCUUCACAUUUUGACAUCCCCUCAUUAUUUCUGUGCUUAACUGCAUCCUGCAGAUGUGUCGCCUUAAUUGUGACGAUGGCACAUUCAUCCAAAGGGUGCAGGGCACACAUAAAUAUAGCACUUGCGCACAUGUAAAUGGGUUUUUCAAGCAAAUAUAUCAGAGGCUCCAUUUUUUAAAAAGUAUCGAAAUUAUUUUGUGAGGCAGUUUAUUCGUCUUUAAUUUGUUAGUUAUGGCUUGAAUUCAUGUACAGUGUGUUAUUUCAUCACACUGAUUUUUCCUUCUUUGGACUAUGAAGAUACAUACCGUUUUUUCUUUUUUUUUAAAAUAACUGUAAGAAAAAGCUUCCACCUGUGAAAAACAUCAACAAAUUUCAUAACAAUCUAUUUAAAAAGGUUGUGUCAGACCCGCUUAAAAUAGUAUUGUCCAUCAAGAAUUAGUUUAGAAUAGUUUCUUAUUAAACAUGUUCAUAUAUUCAGUUUUUUUAGAGAUAAGAUCAAUAAGACUUCCUUCUGAAUGCUAGAUGUGAAGAUGCAGCCAGGAGGACUUAAGCCUGGCUCAGAUUAGUAUGGAUACUCAACUAUGCCUACUACAAGAUAUCUGGUCAUUGCUGUGAGAUUUUCAGGCAACAAGAAUUUACACCUAGAAAUAUCUGGUAAAAGAAAACUGCAUAUGAAUAUGCAAAAUUUGGAGACAAGGGAUGAUAUUUCAGGUACCACAAGUUUUCCAGUUACCAUGUUUAGUUAGAAUUGAUCUAUUACUCUGAGGAGACACUGGUUGCACAUACAUAAAUGGUCCAAAGUAUACAAUCUAGAAACUACUAGCUGUAGUCUAAUGAGAUAAUGAUCAUGGUUUUUGUUUUCAUUUUAUUUAUUAGCUUCAUUUGUAAUUAAUGGCUAUACUGGAUGGUCCAAACUGUUGGCUAUUGUUCCAUCAGGUGAUAAAUGAAAGGGUUCCUAGACUAACAGAGUAGUGCUGAUCUUCUAAUUCAUUCAUUCCCAAACUUAAAAAUGUUGCCAAACAAUUUGAAAUCUUAAAAUUUUGUGCGACCAGCCAAAAACAUCAAUCACAACUCUCAUCAACACAUCAGUUGAAGACAAAAUAGGUAUUUAUUUAGAAUUUUGUCUCUAUUAUUUCCGUUACUCCAUUUGUCCCUUUUCCCAACAACGAUGAGUUAAAAAUACACAAAACAUAGGUAGAAUAAGCCAGUAACUUAAUUCAUCAGCUUGACUUUUUAUAUGAGUUCUGGUUAUGCUUUAAAAUGUAAAUAUAUAAUCAUAAAAUAUGAUCAUAAAUACUGUUUGGGGGCAUUUGGUUUAGGGCAGGCAAGCCCUUUCAAGACCCAAUUGAAAUACCUUUGAAGGCCACAAGGAGGCAGCCACAAACGCUUUGGGAAAUCACAGCUCUGAUCUAAAUCUUAGCAAAAAAAAAAAAAAAGAACUGUUCCUUUAAAUACCGUUGUUUGUUUACCUACGGCAUCAUUUUCUACCUGUGUUCCUGAAUUUGCUCUUGUAGUUCAGCUUCUGAGUGAAGUAAGAGCUGUUUGUGUGUGCGCGCGCGUGUGUGUGUGUUGUAUUUAUGUCUGUAUUUUCGACUCUGUGGGCACUGAACAAACUAACAGAAUUGCCCUCAAUGCCCUCUCUACUGACUGACUUUUGCACUGUCUCUGUCCCUUAGCUCGGACUUCUCUGGAUGCUCGCCGGCUUCCUACUGAUAGAUUUCAGUAAAACUGAUUUAUUGGUGUUUGGAGGUCAGUCACCCCUGCCUGGAUUUUCUGUUAAGACUUGGGAAAAACAAGUGGUCAGCGAUAUGGUCUUGAUUUCUCUUGGAUUUACGUCUGUUGGCUUGUAGAAAUAACACAGUGCCUUUACGCUAUACUUCUGCCCUCCUUUUGUCCUGCUGCGUUCAUUUACAUACGCAGAGCUGAAAUGUGUCUCCUCUGUUGGACAGGUUGUAAAAAAGUGUUUUUGAGUGUCUUGGAACAUUUAAGGAUCCUUUUAAAUUACAAGGAUCAUUUAUCAACAGUACUGCUGAAAUGAUCAUAAAUUUCCAGAACCAAACUUUAUUUCAAACACUUGGAAUACAAUAUUGACCAGUGGAGUUAACCAGAAAUUAACUAUUGGAGUUAAAAAGUUUUUAAUUCUUUGAUAUUUGUUGCUGUUUAGCUUUAAGAACUUGUUUGUUGCUUGUAAUUCAUUUGUGUUAUUACAUAGUUAUAACAUCAGUCCCACAUCACAUUAAUCUACAGGAACGUAAACACAACACAAUGAGUUUUUAGCACAGAUUUAUGUCACCAAGAUUCUAAUCUAUAAUCAUCCAAUCAGGAUGGAUGCCAGCUUAUCCUAAACAGGCAUUUUAAACUUUCUUACUAAACCUAACUAUCAGGAGGCAUAUGUUAAACAGUAAUAAUUUUAAAUUGAGUGCCUAAACCCAAUCUCUUGGUUUAGCUACUGCCAGUUACUUUUGUUAGGUAAGGUUAGUUUGAGAUGAGAUUUUUAGUACUUUGGAGUAAUUUGGCAACAAGAGAGACUGAUAUAGACUCGCAUCGUGGAUGUACUAGUAGUGCCUGUCAGAAUGAAUUUGAAGACUAUGAAUGAAACUGUUCUUAUAUUACUCAGAUCCGUCCUGUACUAUUGCUGAAUUCAUCUUUUUCCAUUUGAGGUAAAUGACAUGUUGCCAGCAACGUAUUUCUGUACCUCAUUGUUUACGCUGUUUGCUCUCAUUUCAUGAAAUGGGAGGGGAAAAAAAACUAAAAAGAAAUGUGACCACAUUUUUUUAACUACUGUAAAUGACUGCUUUACUUUGAAAACUGAUAAAGCACUCAUGCUUAGUAUUACCUGCCUGAGAUCUACCUGCCUGUCUUAUUUUAAUAAGGUCUUAAUUAGGGAUAUACUGAUAUAUCGGCAGAUUUUAGGAAAAGAAAAGUUUAAAUUAAAUACGUUAUAUAGAAGCAUGUUGGCUGUGGCAGAUUGAAAGAAAGCCUUGUAAUAAAUGCACUGAUCUGAAUACAAAAAGACAUUUUACAGUAUGGUAUGUUGAGCUGACUGGAUUUCAUACAGGAGAGACUGUAUUGAAGAUAAUUUACUGUUAUGGCUGUUUUUUGUUUGUUUUUUUACACAGACACUGUACAUUUGAAGGUGGUUAUAAAUAUGUUUUUUCACAUUCCUGUUUGCUAAAUUCAGCUAUGCUUUCUGAUCAAAAUGACGAUUCAUUCACUUUGCUGUCUUGAGUGCUCUUUUGCGCUUUCUGCUCUUGAAUGAAUAAAACCUGGUGUCACCUCCUUGUACUAUCUUCAGUCUUCAUCUAGAUAAAACAUUAAAAAGGGAAAAAAAAAGGAAAUGCUCUUUGGUUGUACUCGCUGUCAUGUCAAGAGUCAAAUCUGAAUGUUACUCAUCUUAUCUGACUGCUACAUGUUAGAAGGCUAAUAAGAUCUGGCACAGAAAUGUUGUUAAACAGUAAUGAUGUGUAGAGCAUUUAGCUUGACUGGUUAUAACUUUACUGUAAACAUGUAAUUAUUCGAGCUUACAGCAGAAACUUCCUGUUACUAGUUGAGCUUUUUUCAUUCAAUACAAAAUGCCUUUGCUCUCUUUUUUCUAGUCUGUGCUUGAUUUUAUUAAAUUACUGUGUGGACU